CAAUAGCCAAGCGGAUUCAGUUUUGGAAUAGCGGUGUAGUCAACGCGAGGUGAUGGAGGAGGAUACUGAGGCCCGCAUGGACACCGGCGUAUCGUCCACCACGGAUUGUAUUCUGGAGGUGCAGGAAAUCGCCGCGCCGCACCGAAAUGUCGAGACUGUGAUCACUGUAGAGGAAGUUAAAGAAGAACUCUCAUCACCUAAUAAAGACAAAAAUAAUCAGCAUGAAGUGCCUCCAGCAGACGAUAGCCAGCCUCCGAAGUCUGCUGAAAAGUCACUACAAAAGGAAGUACCAAUCAAAAAGAUCAUCAUAAAGCGUUCUGCAAAACCUUUUCAGUUACAAAACCCUAUUCAAAAAUCGCCUAAUAAAUCUGAAGACACACAAAAAAUGUUAGGUAAUGAGGUACCAAUAUCACCAAACAAGUCUGUAGAGGCGCCAAACAAAUGUUUAGAGUCAUCAAAUAAAUCUGUAGAAUCAGUAAACAUAUCCUUAGCAUCUGUGAUUUUUAAGGAGUUGGCAGAUGUUAAAGAUACUGCUGCUAAGUCAGACUCUCAAAAAUCUCCAUCUAACGAUAAUUCUAAAACAGUAUUGGUUCCUACUAUAGCUGAAGUUCCAAAAAGCCCACAAAAAACUCCUAUUAAAAAUGUUCAGAUUUCCACAUCAAAGAAAACUCUGCCUAAAACUACACCACCUAAGGAACCUAUGCUCAAAGUCACUACAGUCAAAGAGCAGCCUACUAAAAUAAUUAUAUCUAAAGAUAUACCUAAAUUAACCCAAGACAAAGAUCAAAUCAAUUGGAGCAGAGUAGAUCCUAUUAAGAUAACACCUGUGAGAGAACAACCUAAAUCAACACCAGCAAAGGAUGUUUCUGAAAAACCUCUAGAAACCAUUGUUUCUGUUAAACUGGAUGAAGAUCCAAAAUCUAUUUUAUCAAUGGACUUGGACAAGGAAGCAUCUAACGAUUCACAGGUUGACACAAAUUCUGAUAUAUCAGAGAAAGAGCAUAAUAAAAGCAUUAGCCGGGAACUUAAGUCACUUAUAAAAUCUGCUAAAGAAUCUAAGAUAAUUAGUGAAUGUAAUCAGCUCACCAGUAAGACACGCAAGUCUAGGACACCAUUAGACACUUCAAUUACCAAUUUGAAUGCUUCUGUAGAAGCUGAUAAGAUACAAGGUGCGAGAAGGGGUAGUGACAACUCACAAAAAAGCACCAGCAGUGAAAUGUCAGAUAAAACCGCUUUCAAAAGAUCAAUGAGGUCACAGAACCCAGAAUUUGUAAGCAAAGUCAAGAAUUUCUUGAAUUCUGUAACAGGCAAAGUUCAGAAGGAAGGUGAGGCAUCAGAUGAUGAAGUGCAAGAAUCAAAAAUUAAGAAAGACACUGAAUCUUUUAGCUUGCCCAAAAAGAAAAAGGUUGAGGAAGAAGACCAAGCAAAAUUGAGCAAGCCAACUGCAGACCCAUACUGUUGGCGAUGUCAUUACACUGUGGAACUAGCACCUAAUGAGAAGGUGCACAAUCCUAUGCAAUGUUCAGUGUGCCCACGGUCAUACCACUACAAGUGCCUUAGUGGACCAGAGCGGAAUAAAAUAAAUUUAGAGAAAAAUUGGGUCUGCCCCGAAUGCCUGUUAAUAUUACAAGCAGAAAACUCUGAGACUAGAUCUCCAGCAAUGAAGAAGAUCUCGCUAGGAAUGCUUUGUGAACUGUUGAAAUACGCUCUGGAAAGGAUGAUGGAUCUGAAUGGGGUGGAACCAUUCAUGCAUCCAGUAGACAGAACAUUAUUCCCUGACUACGAUAAAUACGUAGUUCACUCGAUGGACCUAACGCUGAUGAAGCAGCAUAUUUCCGACGGCAUGUACGGCAGUACUGAAGCGUUUCUAUCAGAUGCGCAAUGGAUACUCCAUAAUAGUAUCAUUUUCAACACAUGUGAGAACUUGCAAUCAAAACUGACGGCUGCGGCUCGUGGUUUAGUACGUUCAUGUCGAGCCGAGAUGGGCGAGAUAGAGGCCUGUCCGGAGUGUUACGCUGCGGCCCAUGCCCGACGUCCAACCUGGUUUACUGAUGUUUGCUCGACGCCACAUAUACUCCUUUGGGCGAAACUUAAAGGUUUCCCGUACUGGCCGGCGAAGGGUAUGACGGUGAACACCUCAGGCUUAGUCGACGUUCGAUUUUUCGGAGCACACGAUCGCGCCUGGGUACCUGCCCGGGACUGCUUCCUCUACUCCGAGAAAGAUCCUAACAACUUCCGCACUAAGCGACAAGAUAUAUUGGAUAGCAUGCAGGAAGCAGAACAACAUAUUCGCAACAUAUCCCGAAAGUACGGGAAAUUUGUAUAUCCUCCGUUCAAAACUCAGUUUGAUCCUACCAGGUUAAAUGAGCAAAUUAAAAUGAUGAUUCCAACAUUCGAGGGCGAAGUUCGAAGUCCAGUUAAAGAUAAAACAGGUCACGCCUCUCCAGGCAGCGUCAAAACUAAAAGCAGGUCAAAUUCUAAGAGUUCUAAGUGCUCAUUUCAUGAUGGAGAAGGAAGUGAAAGUGAGGAGUCCGGCGACACAUCAAGGAAAAUGUCAAUGGGCUCCGAAAAUACCAAACAGGAUGACAGUUUAAUAGACAAAGAUAAACCGGAUAAAUCAGUGGAAAUAGUCAAAUCUCAUGGUAUAGAAAAUGAAACUUCAAGAAAGCGUCGACGUUCCGAUUUAGAAGAAGCUGUGUUCACAAUUCUCGACAGCAUACAGCCACCUGUAAAGGAAAAGAGACGAAGGCUCGAAGUCGACGUGAAAACAGAAGACAAAAAAUCAGACACCAAAGAACCCAAAUCUAAAAUAGAAGUAGCUAAAUCUGAACGAGAGAGAGAAAAACCCAAGGAUGGCUCAACUGUCCUAGCGAAAUGUAAAGACUCUAAAGAACCGUUGCUCUCGUCAAAUGAGAAAGGCAAAAAAAUCAAAGUUAUAUCUAUCUCCAAAGUAAUGAAAACUGCAAAACCUACUGAUAUUAAUGUCCAUUUAUUGAAAGAGAAGGACAAUGUCAAAACGCCACCGAAACAGAAAGUCAAAUCUGAGAAAUCUGGACCCCCUGACAAAGAUAAAACUACACCCCAUGAUGAUAGAAAGUCACAAAAACGCAGAAAUUCUAAAAAUAACAAAUCUAUAAAUACCAGUGUUGCAGAAAAUAAAAUUAUAAAGGCAACUGAUAGUGUCAAUAAGGAGAAAUCAAACUCCAGGGAACAGAAUACUGAACCUGAAAUAACAACCACGGAAAAGAGCCCUCCUGUAAAAAGCAGAGCAACCAGCUCAGAUAGUUCCGGGACAAUAAAGGAGCGGAUCCAGUUCGACGAUGAUACCAGCUUGGCAGUUAUCGCGAGGAAAUCUGCAAGAGCCAGCAGUUCUUCACUACCGACUAUUAGUAAUGUUAGGAGUUUGUCUGAGCAGACUUGUGACACAAGUAAAGGCAAUAGUGCACAAACUGUAGAAACCACCGUCGAAGCCACUUCCGAUUCAAGCAUUUUUACACCGACCAGUACGGACAAUGUUCGCAAUAUGAAAGAAGCAGUAAACAAAUUGCAGAAAUUGAGAAACGAGACUGAUCCUCCCGUGGGCAGAGUUGGCGUCCGCGCGUUCGCUCGCAUGACGUCGCCGCCGGCGCCAGCUUCAGCUCCUGAGGCGAGACCAAAUAAUAACAGCAACGUGCAAGUGGAAAUCAAAGCGGAGCCGAUGGAUUAUGACGAUCCAGAGAGGCACAUGGAAAAAAUGGAUUUAAUGAAUGCAUUUAGGCUUCGACCAGUAAACCCGACAAAUUUGCGGGAAGUGAGGAUAAAUAAGGUUGUAGUGACGCCACUCACUAGGAUGAUGACGCCGAACCAGCCUAACAAACCUAUUGAGGUAAGACCACGAGCGAAAAAGACUUUCCCGCAGCCAAAGAAACCGGACGACGGGCGGUCGGAAUUGAAUAGCAAAAACUCGAUGGUAUACAUUCCGAUUCAGCCGCCAAUGACGCAGGCGCCGAUUCGCUUGCAAAGACCAGUCACCAAUGGACCCACUUCUAAUGCGUCAGUGUCAAGAACCAUCACAACUGGCAACACUAGUACUGCAAAUAACGCAGUUAACACAGUGACUUCACCUCUAGUCCCAGCGAUGUGCCUAGCCAACUCAACGGCGACAUCCACUUCGACACCAAGCAGCAGUGCAGCCAUACCCACUGUUGGCCAGGUGCCUACUACUGUCCACACUGUGCCGCUUAUUACAACUGUGAAUGGCCAGUGGACUUUCAGUUUGCAACCUGUGAUGUCUGUUGGUGGCGUUGAUGGCUCGCCGUCUCCCCCAGUAGUGAACGGUCUAUCCGAGCGAGCGUCCGCACCAGCUGUAGUACCAAUCGCUCCGGCAACAAGUGUGACCACUCCGGCUAACCUGCCCACCGCACCGCCUGCACUCGUAUCACCUGUCAUAGCCCAGCCUAGCAGGAGUACUACCGAAAACAGCCUGCCUGGCGAGCCUCCUCGAUUACAGCAGCGUCCGGCGUUGAUGAAUCCUUUGGACCCUAACACUCCUGUGGGAACAAUACCGCCGCCGUCGUCUGUCGGUCCGCUUACCGCCAAACUCAACCAGAACGUUGUCAAGAUGACAGAUUUCUUUCGCACGUUGCUAGAGGACUGUAUGGAAAAACUAGAGGAACCGGUGACGCAACUAACGAUGCUUAAACUGCAGCUCGAACAGAGCAACUGGCGCCACCAGCAGCAGAUUGAGGAGAUCAAGCAUAAUUAUGAAUUAGUAAUGGUAGAGAUGCGAUCGUCGUUCGAGAAAGAGAAGUCGCGACUGGUGAGUGAGACGCGUCGCGCUGCACAAGUCGAGCUCGAGACUGCUGUCAAAAUCACCAAGACCAAGCAAUGGUGUGCGAACUGCAGCCAAGAAGCACAGUUCUAUUGCUGCUGGAACACGUCGUAUUGCGACUAUCCGUGCCAGCGCGCGCACUGGUCACAGCACUACGCUAUUUGUACGCAACAAAGGGGCCAGGAUUGCAUGGAAGGAGAUAAUCCAGAUAGUAGACUACAACCGCCACCAGACACUUUGCCGAAAACGACAGCAGCUCCGUCUCUAACAGCUGCCAACAAGUUGGCGCCUUCACGUGUAUAUACUGAGCAGCAACCACAUGUUUCGCAGAAACCCUCUAUUAUAGUGAGCAUGGUUGAAGAUACGAGCGGCAACCAGACAAUGAAAUGUGUGGGGACGUACAAGCCACCAUCGAACGCGCAAGUCUCCCCUAUGAUCAUAAAUAAGCAGUUAGGAGAGGAAAGUUCAAAGAAGGUAGUAACAUCAGGAGGAUACCUUAUAGUCGGAGCUUCUAACAGUGCAUCAAGCUCAACAACUAUUGUCAACCCCCCGCGCCGGUCCAACGCUAUUCAAUACAUUUCCUGAAUAGCGCAUGGGUGCUCUCAAAGUGAGAACACUGAACCGCCAAAUGACGUUAAAGAUACAUGUAAAAACCCCAAGGGGGUAUUAGUCUGGGGUUAUUUACCAUAGCGUCGACUAUUAUCGUUUUCUUCAUCGAGUGAGAUCUUUAGUUGUAUUUACAACAUGGAUGGAAGGAUGAAUUGCAAUGUUUAGUUAAUCGGUCUCUGUGGCAGCAAACUUUCCUUUAUGGCCGUACAGAUCAACCAAUUGAUAUGCUACGUUGAAAAUCAGUUAUCAUGGUUCACCACAACUCGUAUUCCGUAAGUUUAUACUCGUAUCCGGUAAAUAGAUCAAUUAGUAGACCGCCUAAGGGUCCCCUCAAAUUGCCGCAACCAGGCGGUGCGACUGCGAUGCAUUAAAAUGAACCAUGCACCAUAAACUUUAUGAAUACAGAAGUUACAGAAUAAGUAUACGAUGCUUUUAAUGUAAAAAGAGUGAAGUCGCACAGCGCCGUGGGUCGCCGCCCGGCGCAUCCUGUCAUCACCACGGGGCAUGCAAAGUGUAACUUAGCAUCUGAAGAAUAAGAUAUACCUUUAGACGUAGCAAUGCAAUAUAGAGCUUCGUUUUUUAUCAAUAAAGCUAUUUGUUGUAUUUACACGGAAGAAAACAAAAGAGCUAAAGCGUCGGCACCUCUUGUCUUCGAAAGCUUUACUCUUAUAAUCUUUUACUUUCAACGAAAUAAUAGUAGCUUUAUCCUAAAUAAAUUAAAUAUUUCUUUGAAUGCAAAAUAACGAAAAGAGUAAAGCCGUUCAGCAGCUGCCUGCCUUGCAAAGAAAUAUUACUAACCUUAUUCUUUUAUUAUUAAUCUUAUACUUACGCAUCUAAGUUGCACUUUACAUUGCCCGUAGCAGCACAAGCUGCCGACGAUCGAUGCGAUACCCUUUUGUUAUUUUAUAUUCAAAGAAUUGUAUACUUCAUUUCGUAAAGUUAUUACGUUACGUUAGUUAUUGUAAGGUGAUCGAAGCCGCCGCCGCCCGGGAGGCGCCGCUUGUUGUAUCUUCUUUUUUAUUUAAAGAAAUAUAAACCUUGUAGAAUAUCAAUUUUAUGUUGCAUUGCUCAUUUUAAUGGAUCGUCUCCUAGCUGUGAUCUUUAUAGGCAAAUGGUAGCCUGGUGGCUCUGAUAUUCUCUCUCCCGCUUUGUGUUGCCAAUUAAACCACUGUUUCUAUUAAUUACCUGUCAAAUUUAACAAAGAGCCUACGAAGGGUUUUAGAAUGUAAAUCUAGUCUACGGACUAGUUGAUUAUGUGCGAGCAAUUGUUUGUCGCUACGAAUAGUGCUUGUUCGACAGUGGGUAUGUCUCGAAUACAAAUUACCCUAAUGGUAAGACUAGUUAUACGUAACCUGAAUACUUGUAAAUAAUUUAGAUUAUGUAUGUGAAUAUUUGGCAUAUAUCUAAUGUUAGACUGGUUCCUUAAAAAAACUUGUGUAGCAGUUCGAAAAAGUUUCUGCUAAAUGUGUCUGUUUCUGAUAACCAUCGUUCGUUGUAUUUUGUAUGUAAUUUAUUAACUGUUCCGAUUGAUGCCCUAAGUGGGAACCCGUAUAUGUUUUCUUCAACUUCAACUUUUGUAUAGGUUCAUUAUAAUAGAUUAUUAGAGAAUGAAAUAAUUUUCAGUUAGUGACUAAAACAAUGAAACUUGAAGAACUGCUCAAUGUUAGUUAUAAAGUAAAUUUUACGAGGCAUGUGUAAUUUGCAGCUGGAUCUCAUGUGGUUUUUGGGAAAUGGAGAAUGGCAAUUUGGUUUGUUUCGGAAGGGUUCUAUAUUAUUUAAUUGUCUUUAAAUGCUUUACACAUUCAAGGGUAACCCCUACAUAUUGCAGUAAUUAUCGAGUCAUUUCACGUGACAACGGAACUUUCAUUAGACUUCGGAGAUCAAUCUCAUCAUUGAAAUCAUUGGAUAUUGUGUCACGAUUAG